GGCACUCAGAACUACAGCUGUCCCAGUUGCUGUUUCUACCCGGACCUAUUUCUGGAUUCCACCGUCGGGGAUGGCAAGGCGUGAAAUGAGGAUCUUUUGUUUCUACUUCCGGGUUGGGCGGGAAAGUCCGAACGGCUUUGAAAGAGAGCGGGAAACAGCAACCGAGAUGGAGGCGCCGCCGCCGACUGCGGCUGCGGCAGUUUGUCCUCCGGCGCCGCGUCAGGAGCCCCGAGUGCAGUGCCUGUCGCGCCGUUGGACGGCCGAGUUGCUGGAUCACUUCAGACCUUUCGUGCGCAGACUCGGAGCCGGUCAGGCUGUGGAGACCGAGAAUUUGGAGCAGGCUGUGGGGGAAGCGCUUUGGAACUUUGAAACAGCUGUACAAGAGAAUAUCACUGUUAAUGGGCAGCCAUGGCAGGAGUCAUCAGAUCUUCAAAAUGACACAGACAUUAAACUCCUUGAAGACCAGCUUGAUGAAUUAAUUGUGGAAGUAUCUUCCAAGCGUAAUCAGUAUCCUAGAAAAAUGCAAAUAAAUGUUGUUAAAGGCAUUAAAAUGCAACAAAAAUUGUUGGGCUAUCAACCUUUUGUGAACUGUCAAGACAUAAAAGUGGAACCUUCUCAAGAUCAGUCUAUGGUAGAACUGAGACUUUCAACAAAAACUAUGUCUAGACAUAGUGCAGAAUCAUUUAAGUCCCUGUCAUCCCUUGUGGAAAGAGCAGAAGGCUUCUCAAAAGCAUUGUCUUUACAACAAACUUUGGAACAGUGCAGACUCCAUCAAGAAAUCAUGUUUGUCUCUGAAGUUGAAAAAGAGAAUAAAAACGAUGUCAAAAACCUUACAUCACAAGUGGAAGUUAUACCUUCACAAACUGCUAUCAGUAAUUCUGUUGUACUCAAAAUAAAGAGAUCGUCGUGUUCUCCACAGAGACGCUACCCACUCCGACAAAGAAAACUUAGUCAUGAUACUUGAACACUUUUUUGGAGAGAUCAUUGCAUAGCCUUUGAUAUUUUUUUUUGGUUUGUUUGUUUAUAUAGCAUCCUUAGUGAUCCCCUCGAAUCCAUAUAACCAAACAAAUUUUGUUUGAUAGUGAUGAAGUUCGAUACUGGAUCCCUUUAUAUAGCUACUCUGUAAAAUACUUAAGCAUAUUAUUAAAUUUGAACAUUAUUCUUUGAAACUAAAUUUGCCUACAGUAUAUUACAGCAGGAUGAUCUUCUACAAGGACUUUCACUUGUUUAUGAAUGCUUUAAUGCUUAAUUGCUUGAAUAGUAAUUUCUCCAAACAUUAGGUAAGAGCAUUAUCUAUGCUCUUGAUCCAUGAAAUUGUACAUUUCCAUAGCAAAGAUUCUUACUGAGUCAAACUUUAAAAGAACUAUGAGCAGAGCAUCUGCAACUGGAAUUUCAGAGAACUGAAAUCCUUUAGAUGCACAUAGUAUCUAGUUCCCUGUAACUGUGGAUUUCUAGAUCAGUAUAAUUUUUUAAUGAGCUCAAUUUCUAUAUAUGUUCAUUGUAGCUAUAGGCUGGGGUUAAAAAUUAAAGUAUUUAGCUGCAGAUUGUGUCUUCACUAAAGUCUAAAAACUAAUGAGGAAAAAGUAUUCGGUGCUAAUAUACA